UCCCAGGUCACUGGACUCCUGGAUGAUUGUUUGUGUGAUAUUGACAGCAUCGAUAACUUCAAUACCUAUAAAAUCUACCCCAAGAUUAAAAAAUUGCAAGAACGAGACUAUUUCCGUUACUACAAGGUUAAUCUAAAGCGACCAUGUCCAUUCUGGACUGAAGAUGGACAUUGUUCAAUAAAAGAUUGUCAUGUGGAACCCUGUCCAGAGAGUAAAAUUCCAGUUGGAAUUAAAGCAGGGAGUUCUAAUAAGUACUUGGAAAUGGCAAAUGCUACCAAAGAGUUAGAAGACUGUGAACAAGCUAAUAAACUGGGAGCAAUUAACAGCACAUUAAGUAAUCAAAGCAAAGAAGCUUUCAUUGACUGGGCAAGAUAUGAUGACUCACAGGAUCACUUUUGUGAGCUUGAUGAUGAGCGAUCACCAGCUGCUCAGUACGUGGACCUGCUGCUGAACCCUGAGCGCUACACUGGAUACAAAGGCCCCUCUGCCUGGAGGGUGUGGAACAGCAUCUAUGAGGAGAAUUGCUUCAAGCCUCGCUCUGUUUAUCGCCCUUUAAACCCUCUGGCACCCAGCCGAGGAGAAGAUGAUGGAGAGUCAUUCUAUACAUGGCUAGAAGGUUUGUGUCUGGAGAAGAGAGUCUUCUAUAAGCUGAUAUCGGGACUUCAUGCUAGUAUCAAUUUACAUCUGUGUGCAAAUUAUCUUUUGGAAGAAACCUGGGGCAAGCCUAGUUGGGGACCCAACAUUAAAGAAUUUAAGCGGCGAUUUGACCCUGUGGAAACCAAGGGAGAGGGUCCCCGGCGGCUGAAGAACCUGUACUUCCUGUACUUGAUUGAGCUGAGGGCUUUGUCCAAGGUUGCCCCGUACUUUGAGCGCUCGAUUGUCGACCUUUACACUGGAAAUGGAGAAGAUGAUGCUGAUACAAAGACCCUGCUGCUGAACAUCUUCCAGGAUACAAAGUCCUUCCCCAUGCACUUUGAUGAGAAAUCCAUGUUUGCAGGUGACAAGAAGGGAGCCAAGUCAUUGAAGGAGGAAUUUCGGCUGCAUUUCAAGAAUAUCUCUCGUAUAAUGGACUGCGUUGGAUGUGACAAAUGUAGAUUAUGGGGGAAAUUGCAGACUCAGGGUUUAGGAGCGGCACUGAAAAUACUAUUUUCUGAAAAAGAAAUCCAAAAGCUUCCAGAGAACAGCCCAUCGAAAGGCUUCCAGCUUACUCGCCAGGAGAUAGUCGCACUUUUAAAUGCUUUCGGAAGACUUUCCACAAGUAUAAGAGAGUUACAGAAUUUGAAAGUCUUACUUCAGAACAGUAGGUAA